GGCUCCAGCCGCUCCCGAGCCUGCUGGAGAGAGGCUUAGCAGGACGCGCAGCGAUGCUCCGGAAUGGAGCUGGGCUGCCCCGGCCCCCGGCCGGCUUCCCUGCCCGCCGGCGGCGGAGUCGCCUGCCCCGCUCCCCGCUGUCCUGCCCCGAGGGCAGUCCGAGAGGGAAGGAGGCAGGAACGCCCGCCCUGUGCCCCGGCGGCGGCGGACAGCGGUCCCUAACCUCGGUCCCUCGCUAGCUGCAGCCUUUGCCAUAGCGGUAUCCCGGAACAGGAAAGUCCCAGUUCAUCUUGCCCCCAUAAGAUCCUGUCUCCCUCCUCCCGCUCCCCUCCCUCUGCCCCUUCCUGCCUUUGGCCCGUGCGAGAGGAGCCUCUUCUCUCCUGGCGGGACGGGGCUGAAGCGCUGGGGGCAGCCGCCGGGGCGGCAGGGAAGGGGGACUGGGCUCUGGGGACCAUCCGCCUGGGCUCAGCCCCCUGCCCGGAGCCAGCGGUCCGGCGCCCUGCGGGCAGGGCUGCCUUGAGCCCUCGGGAUUGAGUUGAGAUCCUGAAGUUAGUGAUUUUUUUUGUGUGUGUGUGUGUGGUUGUUUUUUUUGUUUGUUUUUUUUUUCUCUCUGCUCUCGGUGCUUCGGAAGCGGCUGUAAGAUUUGCAAAGAGAGAGAGAGACUGGGGGAGGAGGAAGAAUUAAGGAAAGGGAAAAGAUGGCGAGCUGCUGGAGCAGUGUGGAGAAAGCGGCAUUUUUGUGCUGCUUUCUGCUGGCAAUGGGGAGCCUAAUCUGCUGCGCCCGGCCGGAGGAGGAGGAAGAGCAAGAAGAGCAGCGCUCCUGUCACGGUGCCUUUGAUCUCUACUUCGUCCUGGAUAAAUCUGGAAGUGUCAAAAAUCAUUGGACUGAGAUUUACUCCUUUGUGGAAAGCCUAGCUGAGAAAUUCAUAAGUCCAAUGUUACGGAUGUCUUUCAUUGUUUUCUCUUCACGAGGCACUACAAUCAUGAAGCUAACAGAGAACAGGGAAGCCAUAAGACGAGGGCUCGACAUUCUUAAGGAAGAAUUGCCUGGAGGAGACACGUUCAUGCAUGAAGGAUUUAAAAGGGCAAAUGAGCAGAUUUACCAUGAGACCUAUGGAGGAGUUCGGACCGCCAGUGUGAUCAUUGCCCUGACGGAUGGCGAGUUGCAAGACGCUCAGUUUUAUUAUGCAGAACAAGAAGCCAACAGAGCCAGAAGCUUUGGAGCUAUUGUUUAUUGUGUUGGAGUGAAAGAUUUCAAUGAAACUCAGCUGUCAACGAUUGCUGACAGCAUCGAUCAUGUUUUUCCAGUUAAAGGAGGCUUUUAUGCCCUAAGAGGAACCAUUGAUUCAAUUCUGAAGAAGUCUUGCAUUGAGAUCCUGGCAGCUGAACCAUCCAGUGUUUGUGCAGGAGAAUCCUUUCAAGUUGUGGUAAGAGGCAACGGCUUUUAUCAUGCAAGAAAUAUCGACCAGGUGCUCUGCAGCUUCAAGCUCAAUGACAGCCUUACUAUCAAUGAAAAGCCAACUUUUGUUCAUGAUACAUACUUACUUUGCCCUGCUCCAGUGAUAGAAGACGCUGGACAGGUGGUUUUCCUACAAGUCAGCAUGAACAACGGGCUAACGUUCAUCUCCAGCUCUGUCAGCAUCACCAGCACACAUUGUCUGACUGGAACCAUCCUCUUCAUUGCUCUUCUGAUUCUCUUUCUGCUGCUGGCUCUGGCUCUUCUGUGGUGGUUUUGGCCCCUUUGCUGCACAGUGGUGAUCAAGGAGCCACCUCCACCACCUCCUCCAGAGCCUGACUCAGAUGAUGAAGAUGGAUUGCCAAAGAAGAAGUGGCCAACCGUGGAUGCGUCUUAUUAUGGAGGUCGAGGUGUUGGUGGGAUUAAGAGAAUGGAGGUGCGAUGGGGAGACAAGGGGUCAACAGAGGAAGGAGCAAAAUUGGAGAAACCCAAGAAUGCUAUUAUUAAGUUGCCAGAACAGGAGUAUGAGCCAUGGGAACCCAAGCCAAAGAAGCCCCAUGUGAGAAAACCACCUUCCCAGCGAAAAUGGUACACUCCAAUCAAGGGUAAACUUGAUGCACUGUGGGCUUUGGUUCGACGAGGCUAUGACCAAGUCUCUCUCAUGAGACCACAGCCAGGGGAUAAGGGAAGAUGCAUAAACUUCACCCGUGUGAAGUCGGAUGGGACCUCUGCCCCUUACAGCCCACCGCCAAAGCUGCCAUUGCGCGACAACGCUCUCCUCAACAAUGCUCCAAGGAAUCCUUCCUCUCCUGUGUCUCUGCAGCCUCCUUCCAGGCAGCCACCUCCUGGACCACCUCCAUCCCGAGCCCCUCCUGGACCUCCUCCUUCACGCCCACCCCCACAGCCCAUGGCUUAGAGUGCAGCAAAACCUGAUCGACACAACAUGUCUCUUUGCUGAACACAGCAUAUUUAUUGAGUAUUGGUUUACAGUUAAAGAUAUCAGAAUUUGUUGCUGGUCAGCAAAAAGAAAGAAAAAAAAAAAGGGAAAAAAUAUUGCCAAGUGUCAAUUUUAUUGUAUGAAUAUAUUUAUACCACACAUGCUGAGUAAACAUUCAGUGGAACGAUUCAGAGCUAUGGGGCAUAGAAACAAACCAAAAUGAUCAUCUAGAUACAGUAGCAGCUUUUGUGUGUAUACUUUUAAAGAUCAAUUUAGAUAGGACAGUUGUCUGACUUGGUGUGUCAGAUCAUUCAUUAAUAACUUUAGCCGGUACUCGUGCAUCAGGGGCUUUCAUAGCUGCCGCCUACAAGUUGGUUCAACAUAGUUCAUUGAGGAAUUUGCUCUUUUUUCCCAACAGUACUGCAUCCAGAUGUUAAUAUGGAUCAACAAUUGCAAAGAUGACUUUCUGCCUUUGGUUCUGCAGGUGGAAUUUCCAUGGAAAUUUUAAGAGGCCUAUAACAGUAAUGAGGUAACUUAAGACUAUGUGCCAAUAAUCUAGCUCAAUGAUCUAUCAUAGAAGAGGGAUAUAUUUUUCCCCCUGGAAAAAUUCAGUUUUGAGCCUGCCAUCUCUGCAUAUGUUUAGACGUGGUUGCAUAGGAUAACAACUGAAGGUGAGGUACUCUAUCUAGAAAUCCAGAUUUUGUACAAGACUUGAGUCCAUAUUUGUCCAAAGUUCAGAGGAAUUUGGAGAAAAAUAUUUUGGCUUGUUGUUUAGUUUUCAUUUACAGAAAGAGUAGUCCAAAAGGAAGCAAACAUACACGGAAUUUGAGCGUAGAUGCUGUAGUAAGUAAACAGAAUGUUAUUUAUAUCAGCAGUAUUGAGGGACUGAUCCUAUUGCUAUUUGAUUGGAUAAAUUUCUUUUUGAUCUGACUGCCAAGAAGAAUUUGAUCCUUUUGUGAUUAAAACUUAAAUUCCUCUUUGAGCAGCUCUUUCUUUAGGCAGUUCAGAUCCCACUAAUAUGUAAUCCUGCAGUCUACCUGUGGCUGAGAGGCAUGGUGUGAAGAGUGAGUAUGAGCUUUUAUCCCUGUUUUACAUGCUUGGCUGCUCUCCCAUGCCCUCAAUUCUGGGUGUCAUCAGGAGGCGAUGUGAGCGCCCACACAGAGGUGGGAAUUUUUGACGCGGGACUGUGGGCCAGCCCAUUAUUAGUGUUCACUAAGCAAUACCUGAGUGGGUUGUGCCCAGAGCAUUCCCUAGUGAAUCAAAAUAACACCUGAGCUUGCUUUUUUCUCCACUACUACCUAUUGUAUUGGAGAGGAAACCUAUGCUGGUCUGCUUUGGCACUGGUAUGUUUUUAGGAUAGUUGUAGAAAUAAUGAUAUGUUGCAUUAUGACACAGCAUAUACCUAUUUCUCCAUCUGUGUGUGGGUGUGUAACACAUCACGGUAGUUAUUGGCACAUAAGUCUAAGAUAAAACACUAACUGUAACGUGCAGUUGCUCCAGAUUUAAGACCUUUUUGUGCAGUUGUUACAGGCAUAUAAAGUUGUACGGCACAAAGAGAAAUCAAGCUUAAUGUUUCCAGUGGAAGGCCCACUCGCAGAACACCACCAAGCUCUCAUCAGUCUACGCUGAUCACUGUGACAUGCCGUGUGUAUGCAGCUGAGGCUGUCAAACAUGACUCAGAAGAACCACAGAGCCUCUUUCUCCUCUUGCACUGCUCUGCUCUCUUGAGCUUAGCUCUUACCUCAUGUAUAUUGGUGCAGGUAGUGGAAUUAUGGUCGUGAGUGCCAGCUGGCCUUGGAGCUGUUCUAAUUUAGGCCAGAGCCAGCAAAGCACUUCUGCGUGUAUUAAAAUGUCCUGCAGGUCAAGAGAAACUUCCUUAUGCCCAGGUAUUUUGCUGACCUGUAACUUCAUUGUGAUCAGAAAGGAGAAUUGGGAUGCACUCAACCCUAUCCUCAUUCUUUUUAGACACUUGAAUAGGGACUGCAUAAUUUGGUUCACAAGAAUGGAUUUCUGUUUGGAGGGGGAAAUAGAGUAUGUGUGUGUGUGAGUGCCUGUGCUUAUGUGUGGGAACUGUGCAGGUUUUGUUUGGUUUCUCUUGCUCUACAAAAAUUGCUUGAGAGUUGCACUCCUAUGAAUAGGAAGGCCUUUUGCAGCCAGUGUGACACAGAGUCAUCACCUAUCUCUGUUUGUUUCAGCUGAAAGGUGGAACUAAAACAAGUCCUAUUUUCCACUGCAGUUCUGGUGAAACUCUGUUUUUACCCCAAUGAAAGGAACCGGAUGACUGCAGUGAGAGGGCAGGAGGAAGGGUGGGGGAAGAUGCUUCACAAGCAGAGAUCAUUGAUGGCCAUUAUACUGGUAAUAUGGAAACCCUACAAUAACCUUGCUGGGUCUAAGACCAUUUGUAAUGUGCAUGUACAGUGAACCUAACAGCUUCUCACGUUGGUUGUGUGAGAAUAAUUAGCCAGCAAAUGCUAACUAGAAAUUGAAAUGGCAGAGGACAAUAAAACUGAUACCCAUGCCAGGACAAAGCAGAGCAUUAGAGCUUUAACUUCUUGUGGGGCUUUAACAGAUCACUGCUCUGUAGAUGCCAAGUCUCUUACCAGCAGGCAGCAGUGAGAUUGAAGCAGUGACUUGGUGGGUCCAGAGUUAACUUUAGCUAAUGAAAAAGCCUGGGAGACAGAUUUUGUCUUGUCUUGCACCUGUAGAGAUCUUGGGAGAGGUGAGUAGAGUUGGCAAUUUGCCCUCAUGUCAAUGUUGAUGGAAUUUGACUCCCUACCAGUGACAGUGGAGCUGUUGGCUUAGGCAGGGCUUCUCACAGUCACACAUCCAAAUGCCUCUUGUUUGCAGUUGAGGAGAAUAUUGGUCUAUGCUAUUGGAAUAGACAGUCUUGCAAACACAUACUAACAAUUCUUCACAACUUUCAAGUGCAGCAGGAAUAGGAACAGCCUAUGCUUUGCCAAAUCCCAGGUGAAUGGAUUCAUGUAUGAUAAAGCAGGAACCACCAUGGAUUUGAGAAUUAGAUUUGGCAUAAAUGGAGUUUCCUGCAUUCUCACUGUAAAAAAAAAUUAAGCAUUUGGUGUGUAACUCAAGUUUUGGCUGCAGCCUCUGUGACAGGUGCACUGCAGAUUUAGUUUGCUGGUAAAGCAGAAAGGGAAAGUGAACUUUUUUGCCUUUAACUGAAUUUUCUCUGCAAAGGCGGGAGCAGUGAAUAUGCUGCACUGGCUACAGAAAGGCCUUUUGGUUGUACAGAAAUGUACCCAUUUGCAGUGAUCUCAGGCACUGUAACAGCAGGAGAAAGUAGUUGCUAUUUUAUCAUCUGUUGAGCUUGAUCCUUACCAGGUAUAAAUCAAAAUAGACCAACUGAAAUCAAGGCAGUAAUACUGGUGUCCAUCAGCUGAGAAAUGUCUGAAAAUAAAGGAAGGGACAAAAUCCCUCUAAUGGGACUGUUGUUUCAAUGUUUGUUUUGGCAUUCUUGUAUGUGCCAGUUGUGAUUACAGUAGUUACACUGCUAAGAAAUGUUCUCAUGUGGGAAUGAUUCCCCUGUAUUUUCCAGUAUAUAGCACCAUUUAACUUUCUUAACUUGUAAGAAGUGAAUAUCUAUGCUUCCCCAAAUCCUAGAGGAAAAUGUGGAUUCAGGAGACCUUGGUCUCACACUUAGUACAGAUGUGAAAUGACACAAGGUGCAAAGCAGCAGGGAGAGAAAUUCAGUGUGUUUAAACCUGAUACAGAACCACAUUGAUCAAAGCAUGUUUAUGGCCAUUUUUCAAGCUCAGUGCAUGUGUUGCCAUCUGUGAGAGUAGCCUGCAGACCAGACGGUCCUAAAUAGAAAAAGAGAAAAAAAAAAGGGAAAUAAUCAGCUUCUCAUGUGAAAGAGCAAGCAUAACAAUGAAUGACAUUAUUUCAUGAACUGUACCAGUUCAAAUGCAUGUGCACCUGGUGCUCCUAAUGCUUUUUAGUCCUGUUGGUCUUCAGACAAUACGAUCAGUAAUAUGCUUCUCUCUUUAAUCAUUUGCUGUUUUUAUUGUUGUUACUUUGUUUUGGGUUUUUUUUGGGUUUUUUUGUGGUUUGCUUGGUUGUUUUGUUUUUGUUUUUUUAAGAAACAUUUCACUGAGAAGACAGCCCUACUUCUGUAAAUAUAGAGUUUAAUUUGGAGGAGACAGCACACUUCUGGAUGUUACUGCUGGACAGUUAUUUAUUAAAAGGGGCUCAAGGUGAAUAAAUAGAGGUGGCUCAGGAUACAUGCAUGCAAGUGUGAUAAUGCAGUAUAGCAUUUUCAGUUCUCUGUAGUUUUGGGACAAGGGGAAUUUUUGGGUCAUCCUAGUUUUUUUAGAAGUUUGUUACUGAUAUACCUUUAAAUAAUGCAAUAGAAAUUCCUAGCAUAUAACAGUGCUUGAACAAAUGUGUAGAUUGCGAUAGAUUUUUAAUUUGGGAGAUGAGGAGAAGGGUUGUGAGGGAAAAAUGUUUUAGGAAAUAUUUUAGUUUUUAUGGGGGUAAAAUGUACUGUACUCAUUUUUUUAAUUUUUUGUUUGUUUAGAAAGAUGUAGUGUUUUCAGAAACAGCGGGGAUGUGGGCUGAUCCACAGCUGGGGCACGGAGAUGUGGGACAGAGGAAGCAGUAAGAUUUUGGAGGGAUAAAGAAGCUUUACAUGGGGGUGUGGGGUUGUUACUGGUACAUGUGGUGCAAGUUUCUGUAACUGACAUGCUGCUUCCAUGUUAUAAUCAUGUAACUUCAUGCAUUUUAGGCACGUGCUCUGUUUUUCUGAGAAAACCUUGCAAAUGUAAUGCCUGCAUGCAAAUGUGGGAGAUGUAGCCAAAAUCUUAUAAUCCAACAUAAUGUAGUCUUAAUGGCUUCAGAAUCAACAAUAAAAGUGCUUACUGGUUAAACACUACAAAGAAUUUUAUUGCAGGGUCAUUUUAAGAGGCCAUAAUCUUCUCUAUAUCUUCUUUC